UGAUUUUUGCAUCCCAAGAAAUAAAUAAAAAUAAAGGCUUUAUCUCUUACCAAUGCCAAGUGCCAACCAACUGUAAAUAAUUCUGCGCUUACUUAUACAGAAAGUAGGGGUUCAUUUUAGCUCUCAGUCAUUUCUCUCUCAAUCUCUCUCUCUUUCUUUGGUGGGUUGUUUCUAAAAGCACUUAACUUCAACUUUUGGAUCUUUUUCAGAGCAACCCACCAAUGACAGAUUGGAGUGGUAUGAUGAGCAAACCCAGUGGUUUUGGUGGGGGAAGAAGUAAUGAAGAUUUUGAAGAAGAAGAUGUGUGGAGUUUUGUGAAGUCUCAUAAUAAGAACUCACCUGUUGCUGCUGCUGCUUCUUUUUCUUCUUCGCCUUCGUCCUCCUCUGCAUCUGCAUGGCGCCUCCCUACUGCUCUAAGAACAAUCCCAAGCGCCAAUAGUAAUCCUCCAGCUGUCCAUGAAGUCCAAAAAUCUGCUCCUGUGGCAAUCCCUGAUUGGUCAAAAAUUUAUGGCAAGAGUGCGAAGAUCGGUUCUUCGGUUCAUCACCAUGAUGAUGGUGAUGUGUAUGGUGUCAAUGGUGAUGGUGAUGGUGAUGUGUAUGGUGUCAAUGGUGAUGGUAAUGGUGAUGGUGGUGAUAAUGAUGAUGGUGGCGAUGAUGAUGGCUUGGUUCCUCCACAUGAAUGGGUUGCCAGAAAGCUUGCAAGAAGCCAGAUUUCAUCAUUCUCUGUGUGCGAAGGGAUUGGAAGAACACUCAAAGGAAGAGACCUCAGCAAAGUAAGGAAUGCCAUUUUGACUAAAACUGGUUUUUUAGAGUAAUUAUUUGGAACAAGUGCAUUGCUAGGUGAUGUUUCCGUCCAAUUAAUAUAGUGUCAAUGUUUAGAACGUCACGAUGUUAGUUAACCGGCUUAGGUAAGUCGUUCUAUAUUUCAAGUGUUCAUUUUUUUUGUAUGGAAGUGGAACUAGGUGGCUAAGAGAAAAUCAGAGGUGCUUCAAGUGAAAAAAUGGAAUUAAGAACCAUUUGGCAGCUCUGAGAUUUUGUAUGGUGGUCACUACUAGUCAAGUAAACAAGGAAU